AUGUCAUCAGCAUUGAAAGCCCCAUUGAACAAGUCCUUGAAGAUCGCCCUUGUGCAGAUCAAGGCAGGUGCCGACAAGGCCGCCAAUUUGCACAAGGUGACCCAAUAUAUCGAUAAUGCAGUUGCAACCUCAACCAUUGGUAAGCUUGAUCUUGUAAUGCUUCCUGAAUGUUUUAAUUCCCCCUAUGCUGUUGACCAAUUCCGUAACUAUGCCGAGACAAUCCCAGCCGGUGAAACCACUGAAUUGUUGUCUUCAUUGGCCAAAAAGCAUGGAAUUUUCAUUGUAGGAGGUUCCAUCCCUGAAUUGGCACCAGAGGAAGAAAACAAGAUCUUCAACACUUCUUUGACAUUUUCUCCACAAGGUGAGAUCAUUGCCAAGCAUCGUAAGGUCCAUUUGUUUGACAUUGACAUCCCCAAUGGCAUCACUUUCAAGGAACUGGUCUCGCUUAGUGCUGGUAACAAGGCUACCGUUUUCAAGUUGGGAGACUUUGGUAACAUUGGGUUAGGGAUCUGUUAUGACAUCCGGUUCCCAGAAUUGGCAUCUCUUGCCUCUAGAGCCCCACACAAUGCGUUUGCCAUGUUCUAUCCUGGUGCCUUCAACACCACAACUGGUCCAUUGCAUUGGCACCUUCUUGCCAGAACCCGUGCCGUGGACAAUGAAUUGUUCACCGUUUUAUGUAGUCCUGCGAGAGAUGUUGGUGGAAAUGGAUACCAAGCAUAUGGCCACUCCUUGGUAGCCGAUCCUUCCGGGAACAUCAUCGCUGAGGCUGGUGAAGGGGAAGAAAUUGUGUUUGCUGAAUUGAACAAGGAUUUGAUUCCAAAGGCAAGAGAGGGAAUCCCAGUUCAUUACCAAAGAAGAUUUGACGUUUAUGACAAUGUUGUUGAUAAUGCCAAGGUUAGCGAUCUUUAA